AAGUAAUGAGAUUAAUGCUUCCCUCUUUUUUUUGGUCGAAUUAAUGCUUCCCUUUUGGAAAGCUAAAUGGUGGGUCAAAAUAUGCACCCCUGCACCCUGACUCACUUUACUAUCUCUCCUCACUCAUCUUCUUCUACAAGUUCUACUACAGAAGCUUUCAACUUUCAGCUGACUCUUUCUUUAUAAGUCUUUGCGUUUGCAUUACCUUCAUCCAUUACUUCGGCUCGGCAGUUUUACAGAAAAAGGUAGUUGAUUACUAUUUUGAAGUUCCUUUCAUAUUUGAGCAGGUUAACAACUUUCCAUCAGGGCGGACUACACACACAGGCUUUGAUAUUAAUCAGAAGUUUUCAUCCAACCACGGUUUGUGCUAGUUUUGGUUGGUGAAUUUGUACAAAGAAACGAUAACGAAGCCAUAUCUUGCAAUCUAUGGCUAUCAGCUUGAAGGCCUUGGUGGAAAAGAGGAGUAACAAAGUUAUCUUCAUAGAGUCUGAUAAUGAUUUUGUUGAUGUUCUCUUCAGUUUCUUGGCAAUCCCAAUGGGAACAAUUAUCAGGCUUGCGUGUAAACAUUCGGUACCACUGGAAAUAGGUUGCAUCAAAAAUCUGUAUGCAAGUGUUGAGAAUGCUGAUAAACGUCUUUUCCAGACUGAAGAAUGUCGAGAGAUGUUGCUACGUCCCCGCAACGGGGUUCAAUCCCAUUGCGAGAAUCUCAAGUUGAAAAUUAACAAUGGUGAUCCCACACGGUACUUUUUGUGCUCCAAGGGUUGCACCAGAAGAUAUAAAUUAUUCAGUCAUUACAAAGAUGUUCUCUGUGAGUGUGGAGAACCCAUGAAUCGUGAGAUGUCUCUUUCAGUGGGAAAGUUAAAAAGCUCCUCUCUUUCGAAUGGCGGUGUCUUUUGUAAAGGACUAACCAGAUUUAUAAUAAGUGAUGAUUUAGAAGUGAUGCCCCCAGUAAACUCAGCAGUCUCUUCUUUCCUUACUAAGGUUGGUGUGAUGGAUGCAAACAGCACUGACGAGAUGACUUUGAAUGUAGGAUUUGAUGAGGUUUUGAAUUUGCUUAUAUGCUCAUUUGUGUCUAAGACACCUUUGACAGAUAUUCUGCUGAAGCAUAAACCAGAACCAAAUCUGAACAGUAAAGGUGUUCAGCAAGGAAUAUGCUUUAAGCGUCAAACGACAGGAGACACGGUGAAGGAGGAAAAAAACAUUUCUAUCAAUCUUAUGGUCAGCAAAUCCAAGAAAAUGGUUUGUUAUGCAGAAGCAGGGGAGGAUUUUGUUAAUUUACUCUUCAGUUUCCUAACUGUUCCACUUGGGUUCAUGCUAAAAGAGAUGCAGGAUAGCUCUUCCUCUACGAAAGGCUGCAUUGAUCAGUUGUACAAGAGUGUCCAAGAUCUUGAUGAGCAAUACUUAAAGUCAAAUUACCACAAGGAAAUUCUACUCUAUCCGAAGCUUUAUCCUGGUUUUGUCUAUGAGAACCAUCUUUUAGGAAUUGAGGAUGGCCCGGAAGCCUCAUAUUAUUAUGCACAAUACUGGUCACCUAGUGAUGGUGACCAGGAAAGGUUUACUACUGAUAAAACCCUUAUCCCUUCUUAUCUCACGACGCCAGUUCCAAUGAAACUGAAGUAUUGCAAAUCCCAAGGCGAUUACAAAAGUGAUGCAGGAUUUUUGAGUAGACCGGCAAUGUUUACAAUAACUGACAGUCUUAUGAUAAGGCCUAUAUCUCCUCUCUUGGGCGUUUCUGUUUUGAACGAAUUGAAAGUGCCAUUCGCAGACAUUGAGAUGCAAACUGUGCAGGUUGGGAAGGAGGAGGCCCUUCGUCUUUUGGUGACCUCUUUUCUUUGUGACUCUGCCCUCACCAGUGUAUUCCUCAGUAGCAUGAAAUAAAGAACUGUAUCCCGGACAGCUCGAUUGCCUAAUAUGAUGAGGCUUUGCAUCUUUUGUUUGUGCCUCUUUUCUAAUCAAUACCUGCAUUGGCAGCCGCAGCAAGAAUAAUGAGAGCUUGGUUAAUAUAAGAUCCAUAUGGGGAUCUAUCUUUGGUUCUUUUCAUCUUCUCUUCUAAAAGCUUGUAUUAAAAUAGGACUUUGUUUGCAUGUGGUAUCUUCUUUAAUUUCAUCGACCAGUUGUAAGUUGUAAGACUGAAUCCCAUUUGUUUGGAGACACAAUGAAUGAGGAUGGAAGAAAACAUUUCUGUCAAGCUUAUAGCUAGCAAUUCAGAGAAGAUUGUUUAUUAUGCACAAGUAGGGGAGGAUUUCGUUUA